GGGGAGACGCGUCCAGAGCGCGGAAAUCCCCGCGGGCGCGGAGCCCGGCCGGCGCCGCCAUGAGCCAGCGGCAGGUCCUGCAAGUGUUCGAGCAGUACCAGCGCGGCCGGUCGCAGUUCGCGCAGGCGGUGGCCGACCUCGCCGCCCGGCCGCAGAGCAUCGACACCCUCCAGAGUGCAGGUGUAGUGUGUUUGCUGAGACCUCUUUUGAUGGAUGUCGUCCCAAGUAUUCGACAGACUGCUGCCUUGGCUCUUGGGAGACUUGCUGAUUAUGACGUGGACCUGGCAGAGGCAAUUGUGAAGGCAGGCAUUCUUCCACAGCUCAUAUGUUCAUUGCCUGAGGAGAAUCGUUACUACAAGAAAACAGCUGCGUUUGUGCUAAGAGCAGUUGCUAAACAUUCUCCACAGCUAGCUCAUGCAGUAGUUCAGUGUGGAUCACUGGAAGUGCUGGUGAUUUGCUUGGAAGAUUUUGACCCUGGAGUCAAAGAAGGUGCAGCUUGGGCAUGUGGGUAUAUUGCCCGACACAAUCCAGAACUGUCACAAGCUGUGGUGGAUGCAGGCGCUGUUCCUCUUUUAGUGCUCUGUAUCCAGGAGCCAGAAAUUGCUUUGAAAAGGAUUGCUGCUUCAACUCUCAGUGAUAUUUCAAAGCAUUCUCCAGAGUUAGCGCAGACAGUAGUGGAUGCAGGAGCUAUCGCUCACUUAGCUCAUAUGAUCCUGAACCCUGAUGCUAAACUGAAGCGUCAGGUGCUGUCAGCUCUAAGCCAAAUAGCAAAGCAUUCAGUGGAUCUUGCAGAGUUGGUGGUUGAAGCAGAAAUUUUCCCAGUUGUGCUCACAUGCCUGAAGGACUCAGAUGAAUAUGUCAAGAAAAAUGGUGCAACUUUAAUUAGAGAGAUAGCAAAGCAUACGCCYGAGCUUUCACAGCUUGUAGUAAAUUCAGGCGGAGUUGCUGCUGUGGUUGAUUGUAUUGACAGCAGCAGAGGGACUGUCAGACUGCCUGGCAUCAUGACACUUGGUUAUGUGGCGGCUCAUUCGGAGAACCUGUCAAUGGCAGUGAUUGUCUCCAAGGGAAUAACACCACUGUGUGUCUGCUUGGUAGAAGAACAUGAAGAUCAUAUUAAGGCAGCAGCUGCUUGGGCCUUGGGACAGAUUGGAAGACAUACUGCUGAGCAUGCACGUCAUGUUGCAACAGCAAACGUGCUGCCCGCAAUGCUCGAUAUCUAUGUGGACCCACAGAGCUCAGACGAUCUUAAAACGAAAACUAAGAAAGCCUUAAAGAAUAUUCUUCAGAAAUGCACRUAUCUUCCAGCACUCGAACCAUUGCUUCAUGACGCCCCUCCCAAUAUUAUGAAGCAUAUUAUUGGGCAGUUUAGUAAGGUGUUACCACAUGACAGUAAAGCACGUCGCCUCUUUGUAACAACUGGUGGACUUAGAAAGAUUCAAGAAAUACAUGCAGAACCUGGGUCACUUCUUCAGGAAUAUAUCAAYACUAUUAACAAUUGCUAUCCAGAGGAAAUAGUAAGGUAUUAUUCCCCUGGAUAUACUGAUAUACUUCUGGAAAGGGUGGAUCAUUACCAACCAGUUUUAUAAACUUCAGUGUUUUAUUAGAGCUGCAUUUCACAUGUAUGCCUUUAUGACUGUAAUACAAAUACAGCUGUUGAAAGCCUUGCUUGAUUCUCAAAUCUCCUUCUACUGUUUGAACUACUGAAAAAGCUCAGCAAUUCCAGCAAGCUAUAUUUUGUUCUUUAUAAACUAGUUUGUUGCUAAGUUUUUGUUCCUUUUGUUUUUCUUUAACAUUAGUACCAGAUAUUGCCACAUAUAUGAAUGGAAUUUCAUGCAGGGGUGAUGAUUUAUCACAGAAGCAUUUUUAGAAUCAGUCAUUUCCUUUUCCUUCCACAAGAAAGGUUUGUUGUUAUCUCAUUCAAAUUUUAGCCUUCUCAGUACUAUUACCAUUUUCCCCUUUUGCCUUUGCAUAUUGUUUAAAGCUUCCCAAGCUUGAUGAGGGGAAAAAUGCUGGCUCCGGUACUUUUUCUAAUUAUGGAAUUCUUUCUGCACUGAGAUAUCUCCUACUGUUCCCUUUGAGGAAGUAAAGUGUUGUGAUUUUACAUCUCCAAACAUGUUAGUAGCAGCUAAAUAAAUAAAUUAUCAAGAUACAAGGGCUGAAUUCUGCAUGAUAUGUGUGGUGCUCCUGGCCUGGUAGAUAAUGCAUCUUCUGCAAAAGUUCUAAUUAAGGCAGGAUUCUUAAUGGACCAAAGGAGCAAUACAUUGUGGAGUAAAGGAGCAAUACAUUGUUUGGCCUGUGCAUUGUUGUUCCUCUUGAGAAGGACAGAGUAAACUCAGAACUUCUGUGGACACAAAAGGAAGGACCCUGGGAGCUUUGGCUCUUUGCUGUUGGGGGGGUCAGCAGCACAUUUAUGUGGCUCAKAAGAGAGAUUUGCUUGGCUGCAGGAACACUGUUAGCAAAGUUCUGAGCACAAUCAGAGGAAAUCWGAGGAUACUUAGGUCCCACUGAUUGAAGGGAUGGGACUAAGGUGCCCUAGGACUUACCCUUCAAGAGCUGAAAUAGCUGCAGAGUUGAGUUGAAAAACAUUUGGAACUGAAGUAUUGAAGAUGCAGAUCACAUCAAUGUAGAGGUAUGAGCUCUUUCCCAUUUGUAGGACAUUCUGAAACUAUUUUUACCUUUCUGUGGAGAGUGAAAAGACUUUUACAUUCUGCUUACUCCUCUGGUGUAUUGCACAGCAAACAACCCUCUAAWCUUCUGUAAUAUGUAACCGUCAUUUACCAUUUGUUGUUCUAACCAUUCUUCUUUUUCUCAUGUGCUGCAGUUACGGGGGGGAGGCAGGGAGGGGGGGAAGCAGGUGUUUCUUUUUUUUCCCCCCCUAAAACUACUAAACAGUGUUUCUGGAAUGGGAUAUUAAAAUACUGGCAGCCACAAGGAAAGAAAAUAUUUUAAAAACUCCACAGGAGAGAAACUUGUCUACUUUCUGAAACUUAUAGCUGGACGGAUUUAUAAAAGAAGGAUAGCCUCAUCUAUUACUUGUAAAGCAGGAGCAAAGACUGAUUGCAGUUGGAAAUCAUUUAGAAUGGCUUUUCAUUGCCAAAUUCCAAAUGACUUUUUUUUUCUUAUUCACUUAUUUUUCAACAGUUCACAGAAACAUUGGUGGGCUAUCCUGUGAUAAAAUUUAUUUCUACAGUGGGCUGUGCUCCUGCUGUGAAAUACUUGGUGCUGUUAGAUUCUGCUUUUCAGGAGGAGCAGGGGAUGCACAGUACCUUAGUGUAUGGGGACUGAGAAGAAACUGUUGAUGUCAUGAAUGUUGGUCUAGAAUCCACACCAGCUGGAUUCUUUCCUUAGCCCACAGCUAAGUGAAAAAGCCUUGGAACUUACUAGCUUCUACCAAAUGCCUUUUUGGUUUUGGUGUUUCUAUUUUCGCAUUAUUAAUGCGAGGAUUCUAGUGGAAAAACUUUGGGAUGGACUCUUAACAAUUGUUGUUGUAAUACUCAAUAAUUUUCUCACAUACAUUAUGGAUAUUUAAAAAUCAAAUAGUGAAACAAAAUCGUGAUACAAUCUGUGAAACAAAAUGUAAUGGAAGGGCUUCCAGACAGUCUCAGAGGAUCUGAAGCCUCUAUUUUCCCUACCAGUGGUGCCAAGGGCUGCAUGCAGAUGGGAGGCAGCAGGGGCAUGGAGCUGUGUGUCCCCAUAGCUGCCUCCWGUGCUCAGGAUACUCCAGCUCACAAUACUAAUGUAUAUGUUUUGUGCAGAGGGAGCAAAGAGGCUUCAGUCCCCUGACAAACGUGCUCCUGCUGUGUCACACUGUGCUACACUGUAAGGAUUCCACAGGGUUAAAUUUCAAUGCCUAAACAAUUUGUUCACAGUCUUUUCACAGUCUUUUUCUGAUUCCUGACAAAGGAAAUGAUUGCACAAGGCAAACCUUCAAAGUGAUCUGAUUGUGUGGAGCACAGCCUAAAUCAGACCUGGCAUAAAUACAUCUUUGCAUCUGCUGGGCAGCUCUGGCCUGGGCCAGUGGCUGUGUGGCCUCUUGUCACAGGACCCCUGGAYGAUGCCAUGUCCCAUUAGGCUGUGGCAGUGCAAAGUCCUCUCGCACGUAGUUUGAGAUCCCCACAGUUGUUCUUUGCUGGCAGGCUGCUUCCCUGCCUUGCACAAACACCUUGUGGCUGSAGGCAUCUCUGGAGGUGCAUGUCUGCACAAGACACAUCUAGCCCUUCACAGCACAAUUACUGCUAAUUUGUAUUUUACUAAUGUMACUAUGGCAAGAGUUGCUUUUUCUCCUGUAGUGUUUCACAAGGUGUUUCUGUAGUGUUUCUGUUCCAUCCUUUCAUUUGGUUUAAGCCAUCAUCUAAAACUAUAUUAAUGUUUGUAAUAGCUACUCUGGCAGGCUUCAA